UCGGCGCUGCUCCAUAAUGACAGAUAGAGGCAAGAUUUUCUACGCAUAAAACUCUCGACGAUUGUUGUAAAUCCUGUAACGCGAGGUUCAAGAGGAGCUGCAGAGAGGCAGCGGGGGCUGUGUCCCGGAGGGAGAGGUGGACUCGGACACGGCAGGAGGUCUUAAGAACGGUCUCGGGAUGAGGAGUGCUGCAGCAGGAGAGGCGUCUCGCGUAAAAUUGACCAGCGGUGAGGCAUGGAAGCUGCCGCCGCUGGAGCCGGUCUCCCACAGCAGCAGCAGCUCCUCCGGCAAGGGCUGCAGCAACUCGACAGUGGUGUCAACCUUGCCCCGGGCAUCCCUGGACUCGACGUCGUGAGAGCUUUGCACCAGACAGUGAUAUCGCUACGCACGGCGCUGGACAGGUCGCGCGAGGAGCUUAACCAGCUCAAAGAGCGGAAGCAGAGGAGCGAGACGGAGCCGCCCCCGACGUCGGUGCGGAGCCACGAGACCGUCGAGUGGCUAGCCCUCGAGAACCACUUGCUGCGCAGGCGUCUCCUUGGCAGGGCCGGUGAGUUUACCAGCGAUGCAGCAACGAAUGCGUCGCCACCGACGAGGACGCCGACGUCACCACCCCCGCGCACACUCGAGCUAGAGCUUCUAGAGGAAGGGUGGUUAUCAGAGAAAGUAGCAAAGAUGGAAGCCGAAUCGGGGGAAACGUCGAAUGCGAAGGCAAGCGGCCAAGAAUCGACCAAGGAGGCCACCGACGAGGAGAAGUCCGCGACGGCAUCGGCACCGGUGCCGGACAACCUCGAGGUACUUGCUCGCGAGUCCGUGAGCGAAGGAUCACUCGUCGGCGAAGGUAAGGACGAGUCGGAGCCCCGGUCGUCUCACGAUGCCAAGUUGACUGACCAACGCACCUUCAACGAGUCGGAGAACGAGUCCGAGGAGCUCGACGACAUCGAGCUUAUCUUUACGACCGACGAUACCUGCAGGGAUGUUUGCCUACAGGAGGGCCUUGUAUCAAUCACCGACACGGACAACUGGCAGCAAUCACCACUAACACCCACAUCGAGCGAUCAGCACAAGUCUCUACUGAAGAGCGGCCAGUCCAAGUCCGGGGAGAGCGAGGCGGAACUCGCGUGCAACGACAGCACGAGCACGAGCAACGAGAAGCCCGGCUCCGUGGAGGAGGCGGCCUCCUCCCAGAGCAGCAGCAUCGACCGCGAGGAGAGCGUCGACAGGUUCGACGAAAGUUCGGGCAGCCGACUCAACAAAUUAUGGUCCCAGUGCUCGGUCCUCGUCGAGACGGACAUCAGCAAAUGCGGCGUCCUCGAGGAAGCAGAUCUCGUCGCGCGCCACGCCGCUCGGCGCAACACCCUCGCCGCUCCGACAGCCGCAUACAGGCCGAUAAUCCAUCGGGAGGCUCUAGCCGCUGGCCGUCGUAAGAGCUCCGCACCACUGAGGCCGGUGAUGGACAGGAGCGGCUCCGGGGAAGGCGCACGCCGCGAAUCCGGCGCCCAGACUGACAUCUCCGCCCUGCCGGGCCAGUGGCGCUCCGAGAGCUACCUCGCCCACAAGGUCGCUCACGCCUUCACCACUCUGCCGAGCAAAUUCGCGCUACCGGCGGGAGUGCCAGGGAGGAUGCGGCUCUCGUAUAAGACGCGCGAGGCCAAGCGGGUCAUGCUGUCGGACAUCAGUUUCACGAGUAUGGUGCCGGAGCUGUCGAGGAGUGCGGAUCACCUGUGCCAGGAGAGCCAGAACCAGUUUCCACAGCCGCACUACUACACCUCCCGUGGGGGUUGCGGGCUCCGCACCCCGGAGAGCAACAGACGCGAGUCCUGGAACCGAAGCGGUGCCACCUCGAUUGCCGGCCUCCCGAGUCCCUGCGAUUGCCGACUCUCGACGGAUCUCUACUCCGCUCGCUAUCGGGGCAGCCUCUCCUCGAUCGCCACGCCGAUAAGUGACCUGGGGGGACCCACGAGGCGACACUCCUGGCGCCCCAACGUCGCGGCCUCGUUCGACGGCUGGAGAGGACCGGCUGUUGGCCCGGGUGGCGGCCCGAACGCGAGCUCAGCCGGCCAGCCGACAAGACCCACCUGGUCCUCGAUGCCGUCCUCGCCGACCCACGUCCAGCCUCCGACAGCGGCGCUCAUCGCCAGGCUCGUCGGCGGCCCCUCACGUAGAGCCCGUUCCAAGGUCACGUUCCAAGAAUGUCCGAUGAUCCGCGGCAGCUUGCCGAAUCUGCGCUCGGAGACGCUCGAGGACAAUAGCGGCGACUCGACCGAGUCCUUGAUUGACGAGGCCGAGGAUUACCUGAGGCGCAGCAUCGACUCCAUGCUAACGAUCUCGACGUCCGGGGAUCCAGGCGCCCGGAGGCACUUGGCCCGACGAAGAAGGGCGCGCAGGCAUUCCGAGCCCGAUUUGUUUCGCGAUUGGAAUCCGCCUCGGGACGCGAGGCCCUACUUGCCAAAGAUACCACGAGAUCUCAAAUUGGACCAUCUAGUUAAGGUAAUCUCCCCGGAGGGGAAGAUCCUACAAGGUCGCGUACGAUACGUCGGGCCCAUCACCGGCAAAGAAGAUGUGCACGUAGGCGUUGAACUUCCAAACGAAAAUGGGAUAUCCGAUGGUACCAUCCAUGGGAGGCGAUACUUCGAUUGUGAGCCCGAGCACGCGAUCUUCGUGCCCUUCAAGAAGGUCGUCCUCGCCUGGUGCACCACUUGACCCGAAAUCGGCGCCUCCUACGAGCUUUUGGCUCCGCGACCAUCAACACCCAGGAUCCUGCUAACUCAGUAUACCGUUUGAGAUCCGAAGCACCAUCGAUGUUACACGUCUUCGUAAGCGCAUGUUUUCUACCUGCUUCGACCCCGCUGGAUGUGCUUUUCUUUCCCCUCAAGGACCUCGCGCUCUCCUUCCCCUACUCACUUCGAGUGCACGACGAGUCGACGAAGUACAACACGACCUCGCUCACACACUCGAUUCACUCAACAGUAUUAAGGAUAUUAUUGCCUGGUUUUCUAGAGAUUUCGGAUGCUUAGAGGAGUGACGAUGCAUUACUUAUCGAUAUGUUUCUCCGCACAGCCGUAUGGAUGAAAGAUAAGAGUGCUUGUAACGAUAGUCAAGUGGACUGGCACGAUUUAUAAAUAUUCUUAUGAUUUGAUUUGACGUUGGUAUUUUUGAAGCGAGGUAACAUCACUUUUGAUGGCGUAUGAACGAGAAAUUUUAUUUCUUCCAACAUUAUUUAUUAAAAGUGUAGCUGCAAUUGUUAAAACUAUGCAUUUACCUAUCAAUUAUUAAAAGAUUUAGUCGGCAAUUUAUUGUACAUAAGCAAAACAGAACAAAACA